AACAGUGGUAUCAUGUAAUUUUUACAAGAAGUCUGGCAUCAUACUAAUCAGCUGUCUAGACAUAUUGUUGAUUUUAUUGGUUAUGCACCGCAAUUUAAAUUCUAAUUGUUUUAUAACAAAUUCUUGAUAUAUCUCUUUAUAACUAUGCCUAUUUACGAAGUAGCUUUGUGCAUGAGGCAAAUGAACCGUCCAGAGCUUAUAUCAGCGAUAAAACGCACAGCUGUGUGCAUUCUGGACAAUGGAGGGAUACUAAGAAAAUUAGAAAAUCUUGGUACACGUGCGCUACCAUAUAAAAUUAGUAAACAUAAUUUGGUACAUCGCGAAGGAAAUUAUUUCAAUAUAAUAUUCAAUUCGUCACCACAAAAAAUAGAUGAUUUGAGAGAAGAAUUUGAACGCGAUGUUGACGUUAUACGUCAAAACAUAUUUAAAGUUGAGGAACCACAAAAAUAUAUGUGCACGUUAGAUGAAGAACUACAACCACCAGCAUAUAGAAAGGACGUUCAAGAAAUGAUUGAAAUAUCUAAACGUAAACAAAAACCAAAAUUCAAAUAUAACUCUGGUUUGGAUUACUACCCAUUCCAGAAAUAAUGCAAAACAUUACAUCAUUACAAUAUCUUUAAUUUAAAUUAUUUAAUUAAUUAAA